AUGGCUUUGUUUGGGCUUCUCAGUCUGGCAGCACUGGUCGCAACAUCAUCUACCUUUACAAUCAGAAGGACAGGCAACAAUGAAGUACUGCCCACCUUAGAUGGAGGAGAACCAAGAUGGGGCAUCCCAGAAAUCAAUACAGCAACAGAAAGCAAAUUCUUUGAAGGUGACAUCGUCUUGCCGCUGGAAAGAAAUGCACUGAGGAACACAUCCUACAGGUGGAAAUUUCCAGUUCCUUAUAUAAUGGGCAACAGCUUGGACCUGAAUACUAAAGGUGUAAUCCUGCAGGCAUUUGAGAUGUUUCGACUCAAAUCUUGUGUUGACUUCAAACCUUAUGAAGGAGAAAAAACAUAUCUCCAAUUUGAAAAGCUGGAUGGAUGCUGGUCUUAUGUGGGUGAUUUUCAGACUGGUCAAAAUGUUUCCAUUGGAGCCCGUUGUGAAUAUAAGGAUACUGUGGAACAUGAGGUCCUGCAUGCUCUUGGCUUUUAUCAUGAACAGUCACGCACUGACCGAGAUGAUUAUGUUAAUAUUUGGUGGGAACAAAUUAUUGAUGGUCAGGCAUAUAACUUCAACAAAUAUGAUGAUGACUUCAUUACUGAUCUAAACACCCCCUAUGAUUAUGAAUCAGUCAUGCAUUAUGGACCUUACUCAUUCAACAAAAACAGCAGCAUCCCUUCAAUUACGACCAAAAUUCCUGAAUUCAAUGAUGUGAUUGGCCAAAGCCAGGAUCUGAGCAAAAUAGACCUAGAAAGGCUUAAUCGCAUGUACAACUGUGCUUCCAGCCUGACCCUCCUUGACCAGUGCUCGUUUGAGUCCAUUAACAUCUGCGGCAUGGUGCAAAGCAAAACAGAUGAUGCUGAGUGGCAGCGAACCGCAGUCGCAGCCAGUGCGAAUGCCAGCAACUCGGAGCCCCGCUGCACAAAGAGGGGCUAUUUUAUGCACUUCAAUACCACAGUAGGGCAUCCAAAUGAAACAGCUCUUUUGGAAUCCCGUAUUUUCUACCCAAGGAGGAACACAAAGUGCCUCCAGUUCUUUUACAAAAUUGAUGGCAGCCUGAAAGAUAAACUCAUUGUCUGGAUUAAAAGAGAUGAUGGAAGUGGAAAUAUUAGGAAGAUGGCGCAACUGCGCUCACUCUCUGCUGAUGGAGAACAGCACUGGAAGUUUGCAAACAUUCCUUUUAACAGCCAAGCCAAAUUCCGCUAUGUUUUUCAUGGCAUUAAAGGAGAUCCAUCGACUUCUACUGGUGGCAUUAACAUUGAUGACAUUAGUCUGACGGAAACACAGUGCCCCACUGGCGUCUGGCAGAUAAGAAACUUUACCUCUGCUUUACAAAAUACAGCCAAAGGAGAUUAUAUUGCCAGUCCGGUAUUCUUUAACUCGGAGGGCUAUUGCUUUGUGCUCAGUCUGUCUCCUCAUGGCCCAGUCAACUCAAGUGGAAGUUACCUGGGAAUCAUGUUUGCUUUGUGCAGCGCUGAAAAUGAUGGAGGCCUAGAGUGGCCAGCAGGAGAUAGGCAGGUGACAUUCACCAUAGUGGAUCAAAAUCCCGAUAUCACCCAAAGGAUGUCCGCAAGUCGGAGCUUUGUCACAGAUCCUAACCAAAUUCACAAUGGCAAACUACUUUGGGAUAAACCCUCUAUUACUGGAUCUGUAGAUCCUUUAUAUGGCCGCUACAUAGGUCCAUUCUGGGGCUGGAACUACAUCUUACCACACAGUGAAUUACAUCGGAAGAGUUUCCUUAAAGAUGAUACAUUGAUGGUCUUUGUAAAUUUUGAAGUUGUUGAAGAUCCAGGUAGCGUUUUAUAA